AUGAAAUCCCGGAUCUUACCUAUCCCCUCCGGCUCCUGGCCAGCAUCCAACAUCCAUGAUCUCCGAGCCACCCUCGAACAACAUCUCGACCUAGCCUACCAGGGCGACAUGAUCCCUCCCGGGUACCACCACGCCGCAUUCAACCCUAUCGUCGAAGAGGACCAGCUCUGCGAAGACGGUGCAGAAAGACGACACGCUCCUAGCGAUGAAUGGAAAUUCCGCGUGUGGGCGGGUGGACAUAUGAAGUUUGACGAACCGAUUAUUUAUCUCACGAUCACCACCAACAGUAUCAGCACUAAAACUACCAACUUCGUCCAGGUCACUGAGAAGAUCACCGAUGUGAGGGUGGUAGGCGGCAGUGGAGACCUGGCGAGCAGAGAUGCGAAGAUCUUCGUGACGCUGACGAAAUCGUUCAGAGCGGAGCAGGGUUCUGAUGGGCCCACGACGAGCAGGCUACAAUUUGGCAACAGCAACAGCGAAAGCGAAUAUCUCAACGACAGCAACAACAAAGAAACCAAUCGCAACAGUCUGGAUGUAAAUACGACCACCUCAGCAACGCCCCUAAUCAAAGAGCAGAAGCAUCUCUGUUUCAUGCGCCACAUCCCCCCAAGCCUGAAAACCGCCCAAACCACGCCUCGCAAGAUGCGCCCUCCCACGAACCCGUUCCACAGUCAGACCAUGACACCUUCACGAACACUGCUCUUCCGCUUCAGCGCGCUCAGCCAGAACGCUCACGCCAUACACCUCGACAGCGAGUUCACCACACGCGUCUACGGCCUUCCGAAACUUCUUGUCCAGGGACCCUUGACGUCCGUUCUGAUGUUGGAGGUAUUGCGGAAAGCGUUGGAACUGGUUGUUCAUGAACAGAAUUCACGGGUUUACGAGGACGAAUACGAACACGAACACCACCAUCAGCACCAAAAUCGAAAAGUGCUGCUGGCUGUGCGCGAGUUCGAGUAUAAGAAUCUGUUACCGUUGUUUGUGGACGAGAGUAUCACUAUUGCUUGUAAGAGAGUAGCAGUGCCCCCAAUAGCAGCAACCGGAGAGGAGGGCAAAGGCGACAACGAUGAAGAGAACCAUAGGCCUAGCGGGAGAGAUGGUGAUCAUGAUACCCCCAACUCGCGUCCAGACCGACCAGGAGAUGAGCAUGAGUCACAGAAAUGGGAUGUCUGGAUACAGAAGGGUCAAGGCGAGAAUGCAACGUUGGCAGUCAAGGGCAGAGCUAUUGUGCAGGCGGUUUCGACUCGACUUAGGCCUGUCUGA